CAGUGGCAAAUGGACUGCAUUUGCAUUUAAAUCUUCCGAAAUUUGGGGCAGGGUGAGAGUUGCAUUAAAAGGCACAAAAUUUACUGUUAUUCAACCUGUCGAGCAUGUGUGAAGAAUAAUGUUUUAUGUCGGAAUUUAUCGCGUAAAUAACUAGCGCCAAUGCAGCCCGAGAGGAAAGUGACGAAUUCCGCGGAGUCCGCGCAUGCGCAACACUAAAACUUGAGCUGGACGGCUGAUGUUGUUUUACCUAUACGUUCACAGCGUUUAAAGUUUUUAUGUACGCAAGUGUCUUGCACAAGUCAGGUGUGCCUAACACCCAACCGGUUUAGAAUAAUUUUCCAUCACUGAACCCAUCAUGGCUCGAAAUGCAGUGAUACGUCACAUCAUGGUAGUGAGUACCACCACAUCGACCAUAGAUAUCUUAUUUAAGGCAAGAUAUCUCUUUCGGCGGUGUAGUAGGAACUUGGAGCCGUCUUUCGUCGUAGGACUUUGAAGGGCGGCCGACAAAUUCUGGACGGAUUUGCAAACCGUCUACACAACCCGUAUUUCCAUGGCUAUGACUCGAACUGGAUUUUGAGAGGAAGUUACAUUUAUUGUGUGCGGUAAAAUCGGUCUUUGUCAGUCACGUGCCCAAACUAGCGGACACGCCCCCAUGCGCCAUUUUGAGUGUACCACGGAUGUAAACAAACCAGAACAGGAGUAGCUCCGACGCUUCAUUACUGCCUCCAACUUCAUCGCUGGAUAUAAAAAAAACUCCCUCGUUUACGGUUAUUCAUGCUGUUGAACAAAGAUAUCGAUUAGCGUCAGUGGGUCGGUAUGGAUACUGAGCGGAGAGGUGGUCGAGGUGAUCGCAUUGGUCGAUACGGCAACACACACAAUGACCACAACUUUCGAGACAUGGACUACCGUGGUUUUGGCCAAGAAGAUGAGACAACCGAAGCAGAAUAUGAUGUCCGCAAUGAGGACAGACCUUACGUCCAUAACGAAUCAUCUUUGAGCGCCUCUGAAGUCUUACCAGGUCAAUUCCAAGAGGACCAAGGGUUUCAUCAGAGAGAGAAUGGAGGUAGUGAAGUCAAAAAGCUCCUGUGGCCUCCAGGCUCCAAGUCCUCAACUGAUGUGUUUGAUGAGGAGAAAACAACAAAGAGAGAUUUUGAAAGGCUUCGAACUGGAUCAGAGGGGAAAGGAAGGAGGAAAUGUAGUAGAAACUUUGAUGGCAACUCACAUUUAGGGAGUGGGGAAGGAAACAGAGUUCGUCAAAGCGGUGCCUGUUUUGAACAGAUGGAGCACAACUUUGAGCGGCAAAGAGAGGAGGGCAGAUUCUCUCAUGGAGCAGGAAUCAGAAAGAUGUUUCCAAGUGAGCCUGAGGGACAUGGCCUUUGUAGUUCUGAAUCGGACCUGUCUUAUGAUGAAGUAGAGCAAAGGGACCAAGAUUAUCGAGCUGAUCAAGACUACAAUCAGAGGCCCAGCAACAUUGUAAUGCUUCGCAUGCUGCCACCCAACGCAACUGCUAAUGAGAUCUGGGCAGCACUUCAAGAGCAGGGGAUCCAGCCCAAAGAGGUUCGACUCAUGAGGAACAAAUCCUCAGGUCAGAGCCGAGGAUUCGCCUUCGUCGAGUUUAAUCUCAUACAGGAGGCCACCCGCUGGAUGGAGACCAACCAGUGCGUGCUCAUGAUUCUGGGACAUCGAGUGUCCAUGCACUAUAGCAACCCUAAACCACGAGCCAAUGAGGACUGGCUUUGCAACAAGUGUGGAGUGCAAAACUUUAAAAGAAGGGAAAGGUGCUUCAAAUGUAGUGCACCCAAAUCAGAAGCAGAGCUGAAGUUACCACAAUUGCACACAGAUACAUCACUUACGCUUCAAAAAGAGAGUGCCCAAGGCUUGCUGCCCCUUCCAACACCAUUUCAGGCCUCUGUUUCUGCGCCCCAUUCAGGCCAAGUUACACAUCAAGCAGAUGUUGCCAAUGAUACUCUGAUCCUGAGAAACCUUGGACAGCAUACAACAGUUGAAACCAUUUUAUCUGCAUUGGCCUCAUUUGCCACUCUGUCACCUUCCAACAUUCGCCUCAUUAAGGACAAGAACACAAAUCUCAACAGGGGCUUUGCUUUUCUGCAGCUCUCCACCAUAGUGGAGGCAUCUCAGCUCCUACAGAUCUUGCAGGCUCUCAAGCAGCCACUUUCUAUUGAUGGAAAGGUGAUUGUGGUGGAGUUUGCUAAAGGCUCUAAGCGUGACGUGUUUGUAGCAGAUAGCAGUCGAGUGAAUGCUGCUUCCGUGGCCAGCACUGCUAUUGCUGCAGCACAGUGGGCUGUUACACAGACUGCACAAAAUGGUGGUGAAAUGUAUCAGCACGGAGCGGCAAUAGCAUAUACUAAGGAGGGUAAUGGUUACUCUUUGCCAGAUGGGCAACAUUUUCAAGUCCAGGCAGACACCAGGGUUGCCGUUCUGCCAAGUACAGGAACACCUCUGAGGGGGAUGUAUUCGGCAUCAGCUACCCCAACUGCAGUGAUUCCAGGUCAAGCGUUAGCAUCUGGAAUAGCUAUCAUGCAGCAGCCUCAAACUCAGACUCCUAAUGCCCAGGUUGAAAUAGUUGGAAAACCCCAACCAGCUGUAUCCAGCCAGCCCGCAACACCAGGCACCGCUCAUGAGCUCCAGCGAUAUCCUGUACCAGAUGUAACCACAUACCAAUAUGAUGAAAGCUCAGGCUACUAUUAUGAUCCACUGACAGGACUCUAUUACGACCCAAACUCCCAGUACUAUUACAACCCACACACUCAGCAGUUCAUGUACUGGGAAGGAGAAAAGCACACAUACAUUUCUGCCACUUCUGGACAGUCAAAUGCAGAAGGUGUGCCCACUGGUGAUGAUGCACCCCCCACAGACAUGUUUCCUAAUCUUGGCAGCAAGGAGAAAAAAGAUAAGCCCAAAAGUAAAACUGCUCAACAGAUUGCCAAAGAUAUGGAACGUUGGGCCAAGAGUCUGAAUAGACACAAGGAAAACAUGCGCUCUGUUUCCUCUUCCCUUGCGACUGGUUCCACUGAUCGUAGAGAAUCUGCCAGCGCAGAUGCGGGUUAUGCUGUUCUUGAGAAAAAGGGGACGCUGUUAGAGCGGCCUCAAAUCUUCCUUGACCAGCUCAGACAACCAGAAUCACCCCCUCCACAGCAGCUGGGUCUUGUUCCAGCCUACAGUGGGGAAAGUGACAGCGAAGAAGAAGGAGGCGAGAAAGGUGAGAAGGAAGGGAAGAUGACUGACUGGGUGAAACUGGCCUGUCUGCUGUGUAGAAGACAGUUUCCUAGCAAAGAGGCCCUUAUUCGGCACCAGCAGCUCUCUGAACUACAUAAGCAAAAUCUAGAGCAAAGAAGAAUGCAGGAAGCUGCAGGAAAGGAGAGACAAACAGAUGAACUCCAAGCUCCUGAUUCGAAGAAAAGGAAGACAACUGCCAUGGAUGGGCUCACUGGCUCCAGUCUUGGUGCAAGAAUGCUCCAAGGAGGAGUGAAAAAGGGACUUCUGUUGCGCAAUAUGCAAAUGCAGUGAGCUGUGAUGCUGCACUCGACUUGUCCUGCCGCCACCCUUCUUUAAUAUUAUCACUCGUCCAUACAGUGUAUCACAAAAGUGAGUACACCCCUCGCAUUUUUGCAGAUAUUUAUAUCUUUUCCUGGGACAACAC